ACCUGUUUUAUGCACAAAACAGCGCCGGCCAGUCAGGCCUGGAGGUCAUGGAUGCAUGCUCCUCUAUGGGAGGCUGACGCCGCCUGUAAGCAGAAUGGGUGGGCCCCUAAAGGACUGAGAGGCACGGCGGCAACCAGUGCCAGUGCCAGGGUGCCACAUCGUCUGGAGAUACAGGCUGCCUCAGCAGCAAGCCACCCCGGACACCAGUGGUAGUGGUUGUCGGUAUCACCUCCGGCGUUGGUCUGUCGCUCCGCCACACCGCCAGGGAAAACGUGUUUCCCGCCGCCGGGUCUAGUGUCCUCACGCGAGUGGCGAGGGUUUUGUGCGACACCCAGUGACCAAGAGCACGACUCCAAAGUGUGUAUGUGAGCACGACGCCGCGGCUGUGGCGGGACCGAGGGCUCCGGGUGGUGUCGCAGCAGGCUGGGGAUGGUGAGUGCCUGGCGACGCUCGUGAUGGUGCAGCGCGGGGAAGACGCCAUGCAGGGACAGAUGGUGACCGUCAAGUGCGAGUACUCGCCGCCGCCCUACACCCUUCCGCUGCAGGAGUUCACGGACAGUCAUGAGCCUGUGCGGCGUGCGCCCCCCGCCUUCACCUCCCUCAUGGAGGACCUUAGUCCGCGCAGCUCGUGUGGCGGCCAUGAGUCGCAGACCACGUCGGGGGAGGACGAGCCACGCGGCCGUAAGCGGCGCCUCGAUGAAGACUCAGAGGAGGGACGGCUGGCUAAGGCGAGGAAAAAGUCUCCGCAAAGCUCUGAGGAGCUGCAGCAGGCGCGGGUGCUGGCCAACGUGCGGGAGCGGCAGCGGACGCAGAGCCUCAACGAGGCGUUCACGUCGCUGCGCAAGAUCAUCCCCACGCUGCCCUCCGACAAGCUGUCCAAGAUCCAGACCCUCAAGCUGGCCAUCCGCUACAUUGACUUCUUGUACCAGGUGCUGGACACCGACGCGCACGACCAGCGGCUCUCCUCCUCCUGCACCUACGUGGCCCACGAGCGUCUCAGCUACGCCUUCAACGUGUGGCGCAUGGAGGGUGCCUGGGGCGGUCACCUAUAAUACAGAUGGAGGCCGGCGGAGGGACCAGAAGAGGAGGAGGAGGAGGAAGAGGAGGAGGAAGGGGAGACGGAGCGGUACUCCCAGAGAGGCGGGGGGCGUGAGGGCGACAAAUCACCCCUUGGACUUCAUACAAUAAGUUACCUGAAUACUCUAUAGUGUUAUGUCGUACCAGGUGAGCGAGGACAUCCCCGGGGGUCGUGCAUGUCCCUUGCCCAUCUCCCCGGCCUUCCCCUAGUUCACCCGAGUGCCGCCCGCGGGGGGAUGGAAGUAUCCUCGCGUCGCCUCGGGGUAGUGCAAAAGUAUGCCUCCGACUUCGGCUGUUAUAUAGUGAUUAGGACUGACGCUGAGGCUCUGUGUGUGUGUGUGUGUGUGUGUGUGUGUGUGUGUGUGUGUGUGUGUGUGUGUGUGUGUGUGUGUGUGUGUGUGUGUGUUUUGCUUCCUCUCUCCCACUGUAGCUGUUCUUUUGCCUCCACCCACUCCAGUCAUCCAAUCAUGCUCUUCUGAUGUCAAAUGCCACAAGAAAAUAAAGUCAAUCACUCGUUCAAUCAGUCAGUUAGUCAGUCAGUCAGUCUUACAGUUCUCCAGUCAGACAGCAAGAUAACCACUCUACCAGUCAGUCACCAAGCCAGCCAGCCAAUCAACCAACCAGUUCUUCUGUCAAUCAACCAGCCAGUCAUUCAGCAAGCCAUCCAGUCAGUCAGACAACCAGUCAACCAGUCACCCAGUCAGUCAGCGAGUUCUUCACUCAACCACCCAGUCAACCAGUCAGCCAGGUCCUCAUUCUUAUCCAUCCAUCUCCACCUGUCUCCGAAGUCCCAGAACCCAUCCACGAAUCCAGUCAUCCACCAAGUCUCCACUCAGAAACCUGGUCACCCACAUCUGCCGCUCGUCACCUAAACGCUUCUAAUUAAGGGUUCACUGCGGCUGCCCCAACACACACACACACACACACACACACACACACACACACACACACACACACACACACGCAAGAGAACGACCAACGAAGAUCUUAAACCAGCAAAUCCUAUCCAAUCCUACACGACGAAGGAUUUCAGGGACUAUCUUUCCAUCCUUUCUCGCUUCCUUCACUCUCCUCUUUACUAGUUGCUGGUUCAAGGAAGUGUUCAAGGAGUGUUAUGAGAGGAGAGAGAGCAGUGUGGGAGAGUGUGAAGGGAGCGUGCUGUGGGAGUGUGUAUGCCUGUGAGAAUAUGUGUGUGUGUGUGUGUGUGUGUGUGUGGUAGUAGUAGUAAUGGAAAGUCUCUCUCUCUCUCUCUCUCUCUCUGUCUGUCUGUCUGUCUGUCUGUCUGUCUGUCUGUCUGUCUGUCUGUCUGUCUGUCUGUCUGUCUGUCUGUCUGUCUGUCUGUCUGUCUGUCUGUCUGUCUGUCUGUCUGUCUGUCUGUCUGUCUGUCUGUCUGUCUGUCUCUCUCUCUCUCUCUCUCUCUCUCUCUCUCUCUCUCUCUCUCUCUCUCUCUCUCUCUCUCUCUCUCUCUCUCAUUCGUGUACUUAAAGCUGUCUUGCAAGAGCUUACUUAUAAGAAUGUACUUAAAUCCGGAUGCAAAACAGUGCUAAUAAGCUUCACAAAUCGAGUGUUUACUUAUGUACGUGUACUUAUUAAUGUACUUAACUCACAUACUCAUGUACUUAAGAGAGGCUGGUGAAGUGAAGAGUGUUAGUAGUAAGACUGAAAUGUGUUAAGUGAACCACACACACGCACGCACACACACACACACACACACACACACACACACACACGUUAUUAUCGUAAGGUGUCUGUAUGUAUAAGGUUUUAGGUUGUUCUUAGUAUUAAUUUGUAUAAAGAAACGAAGGCAAAAAUAACAUCACGUGGGAUUGUUGAGUUUAAAAAGAAUGUUGUUUAUUUUCCGUGAAUAUCGACUUGCUUUUGUGCUCAUUUAUCUUGUAUUGCUUUUAGUUUAUUUGUUUUCACUUUUUAUCUUGACAUUUUUUUUUUUUUUGACAACCAAUGGUAUUUAAUUCUCUUCCCACGUGUUGUUACUUCUGGCAACUAAACCUCAACCCACAACCAAACCCCUAUCAAUUUAUUAUACCCUGCCACCCUACCCAUCCUUACCUUCCCCUACCAAACCUCAACCAAACCCCUACCAAUCUAUUAUACCCUGCCACUCCUAACCCUACCCAUCCUUACCUUCCCCUACCAAACUUUACCAAGCAAUAGCCCAACCCAACCACACAGCCUUAUUCCCAACCAUCCCCAACCAUCCCUGCCAAAUCUCAACCAUCCCAAACCCUCCCUGUCAAACCAAAUCGUCCUCUGCCGCUCCCACCCAUCACCGUACCAAACCCUGCCUGCCAAACCUUACCAACCUCUUCCAAGUCCCUACCUAUAGAUACAUACCCCAGGACCUCACCAGGUGUAUAUACUAAUUAAGGUGAGGACAGGUGUAACAGAGUAAUGACCUGAUGAUGAUGAUGGUGAUGAUGAUGAUGAGGCCAGUGCAAAAUCUCAGGUAUUACUGCCAUUACUACGGUCUCUCUCUCUCUCUCUCUCUCUCUCUCUCUCUCUCUCUCUCUCUCUCUCUCUCUCUCUCUCUCUCUCUCUCUCUCUCUCUUACUUAUUAUUAUUCAGAUGAAAAUAUGACGAUGAUAAUAAUGACAAUGAUGAUGAUAAUGAUGACGAUGAUGAUGAUGAUGAUGAUGAUGAUGUACGUCCAAUAUUGUACUGUAAUAAAGAGCAUUAUUUUC